CUGAACCAGCAGGAAAACGACACGGUUUUAACUCAGCGCACCUAGCAGUUCGUCGUCAGACUUGAAUAACUAUCGAUUGAUAAUUAGUUUUUCAUCUAUUUCCAUAUAUAUAUUUAACCUGGAAGCGUUCUAUCGAUCGCGUAUUUACAGAGUACCUAGCUAGCACUGCGUGGAUAUUAGCUUGUGGCGUUACUUCACUUUGACGAGACUACAGUUUGUAUUUUGUCGGACAGACGCCGUCAAAAUGUCAGAGUCUCUUGCCGAGGCGAAGCUGGCCAGCAAAGAGGUGAAGGAGAGCGAAAACGUGGCAGAGAAAUACUCAGCCAUGACCGUUAGUAAGAACAGCGAAGUGACCAUGGGCGAGCUGUCGUCUGUUUUCAGCGCUGUGCCCACUCACAAACCUGUGAAAAAGCAAAUCCAGUUUGUGGAGGAGAAGCAGGAGUUCAGCAGAUUCCCCACUAAGGCAGGCCGGCGUUCCCUCUCCCGCUCCAUUUCUCAGUCAUCCACAGACAGCUAUGGUUCUGCUGCAUCCUUCACGGACAGCUCUGAUGACGAGACCUCACCACGGGACAAAACACAAGUCAAUGCAAAGGGCAGUACUGACUUUUGUGUGAAGAACAUUAAACAAGCUGAAUUCGGCAGACGUGAGAUUGAGAUAGCAGAACAAGAUAUGUCAGCGCUGAUCUCGCUCAGGAAGAGAGCACAAAGUGAGAAACCAUUGGCAGGUGCCAAGAUUGUGGGUUGCACUCACAUAAGUGCCCAGACUGCUGUGCUAAUUGAGACACUGGUGGCUCUUGGGGCUCAGUGCCGCUGGACUGCAUGUAACAUAUACUCUACGCAGAACGAAGUGGCUGCUGCCCUGUCAGAAGCAGGUGUGGCUGUAUUUGCCUGGAAGGGGGAGUCUGAAGAUGACUUUUGGUGGUGUAUUGACCGCUGUGUCAACACUGAGGGUUGGCAGCCUAACAUGAUCCUUGAUGAUGGAGGAGAUUUAACACAUUGGAUGUACAAGAAAUAUCCAAAUGUCUUCAAGAAGAUUAGAGGCAUUGUCGAAGAGAGUGUCACAGGGGUUCACAGGUUGUAUCAGCUGUCAAAAGCUGGACAACUGUGUGUGCCAGCUAUGAAUGUAAAUGACUCUGUGACAAAGCAGAAGUUUGAUAAUCUCUACUGCUGCAGAGAGUCUAUACUGGAUGGCUUGAAGAGAACCACAGAUGUCAUGUUUGGAGGCAAACAGGUGGUCGUAUGUGGGUACGGUGAGGUUGGGAAAGGUUGCUGUGCUGCCCUUAAAGCUCUGGGAGCGAUUGUCUGUGUGACAGAGAUUGAUCCCAUCUGUGCCCUGCAGGCUUGCAUGGAUGGCUUCAGGGUGCUCAAACUGAAUGAGGUCAUUCGCCAUGUUGAUGUUAUUAUCACCUGUACUGGGAAUAAGAAUGUGGUGACCAGAGACCAGCUCGAUCGCAUGAAAAAUGGCUCCAUUGUCUGCAACAUGGGCCACUCCAAUACAGAGAUUGAUGUGGCAAGUCUUCGGACUCCUGAGCUGACCUGGGAGAGGGUGCGCGCUCAGGUGGAUCACGUCAUUUGGCCUGAUGGAAAGAGAGUUAUCCUUCUUGCUGAGGGACGUCUCCUGAACCUCAGCUGCUCCACCGUCCCUACCUUUGUUUUGUCCAUCACAGCUACCACUCAGGCUCUGGCCCUCAUAGAGCUGUACAAUGCUCCAGAGGGACGAUACAAGCAGGAUGUUUACUUACUUCCCAAGAAGAUGGAUGAAUAUGUUGCCAGUUUGCAUCUGGCUACGUUUGAUGCCCACCUCACAGAGCUGUCUGAUGAGCAGGCCAAAUAUCUGGGCCUGAACAAGAAUGGUCCUUUUAAACCCAACUACUACAGGUACUAGUCUACAAAGGAACCCACCAUUGACUAACCUGAAGACAGUUUUGUGUUUCAUACUCGUCAUGAGUAUAUUUAGCUGUAAUUUACUACUUAUGCCUCACUUGCUGCUUCCUGGAGAACAGCACAUGGUAUUCAUUUGGCUGUGAAAAACUUAAGCACAACACAUCUGCUGUCUUGUCAAAUGUCUUUUUUUCAUAAAAAAUACCAUUUUCAGAUAUUAAUAUACAAUAUAUCAUUAUAAUGUGCCAAAUAACUGUGAGAGGGGGUAUUUGUACAUUGUUAUGAAAUAUGAAAGGUUGAAAGACCACAUUAAGGGAUAUUUUUGAUAGUAUAUUGAAUCAGAAGUUAUGUGACACAGCUAAAGUUUUCUUUUUGCUUUGACAUGGCAGUGCAAACUCGGCUAAUGCAUUCCAUCCCCAAGAAACAGCAAAAAUGUUUGGACCUCAGUUCACAAAAAGAAAAAGAACAUCAAUAGUCCAGUGUACCUCAGGGCAUUCAGUUAUCUCAAACUGUAAUUUGAUUUGUACCCCAAGCUGUGCUUUAGAGUCAGUCUGAUCAGCCUUCACCACGUAGACCUCUGGGUCUGUUUUCUUUCAACUCUGAUUUGACUCAACCCAUCCACCUUUGCUUCAGCCUUCCCCUCCUUUUCUUCUCUCUGUGCUUACAUUUUUUAAAUGAUUUGUGCAUUUUUGUGUCAUCACAC